AUGGUAGCCAAUCAGCUUCUAACUUCAGCUUGUUCAAUUAAGAUUUGACAAAAAACCUGGAAGCUAAUUGGUUUCUAUGCAGAGCUGCACCAGAUUUGACACUCUCCAGUUUUAGUAAAUCAACCCUAUUAUCUUAAAACCCUCCCUGGCGGUAUUCCCAAGUGUAACUCAGGGUAAAGUUUCAGUACCACAAGUGGUAACAAGAGCUACACUCGGGCUUACCAUGCGGCGCUGCUCCGGGAUCCCUCGAUCACUUACCUUGUCCUGCGCUCCCGCGAUGUCCCUCCUGCAGUGUCCCCGGCAAUGUCCUCUGGCAAUGUCCUCCGGCGGAUGCCGGCAUCUGUCAUCUGGGUUCCGUCCCCUGCGAGCGUUGGGACGUACGGGGACGGAACGGCGGGAAAUUUGAAAAUGACAAAAAGUGACAUUCAUAAAAAUCACUAA